UUUGCUAUAGAAAGAUGUUAAAGACCUUUAAAACUAUAAUAACAUUACUUCUGCUAACAAUAUUGCUGUCCCGAUCAAAUGGCCAGCAUAAUCCACAUUGGUGGUCGAAUCGCAACACCAUAGUCCAUUUAUUCGAAUGGAAAUGGCUGGAUAUCGCGCGAGAAUGUGAGGAGUUUUUGGCUCCUCGCGGUUUUGCUGGCGUACAAGUGUCUCCGGUAACGGAAAAUGUUAUUGUUGCCAACCGUCCCUGGUGGGAACGUUAUCAACCGAUGUCCUAUAAGUUGCAAACACGUUCCGGUUCGGAGCAAGAAUUUGCCGAAAUGUGUCGUCGUUGCAAUAAUGUGGGCAUACGUAUUUAUGUCGAUGUUCUACUUAAUCAUAUGGCUGCCGAUCAAUAUCAGCCGGCGGUGGGUACAGCUGGCUCUAUAGCUGAUCCAGGGGCAAAGUCUUUCCCUGCUAUACCAUUUACCGAAUUAGAUUUUCAUUCGACUUGCGAGAUUUGGGAUUGGAAUGAUCGUUAUCAGGUGCAAAAUUGUGAACUGGUGGGUUUGAAAGAUUUGGAUCAAAGCAGUGAAUGGGUAAGGGAACGUUUGGUGGAGCUUUUGGAUCAUUUAGUGGAGUUGGGUGUGGCAGGUUUCCGGGUGGAUGCAGCAAAACAUAUGAGGGCUAGUGAUUUGGAGAUCAUUUACAAUCGUGUACGCGAUUUAAAUGUGGAUCAUGGUUUUGCCCCCAGCUCCCGCCCCUUUAUCUAUCAGGAAGUUAUCGAUCAUGGCCACGAAACUGUCAGCAAAUACGAAUACAAUCAAUUGGGUACGGUAACAGAAUUUCGUUUUUCCGAAGAAAUCGGUAGAGCUUUUCGUGGUCACAAUCAAUUGAAAUGGCUGCAGAAUUGGGGCCCUCAAUGGGGUUUUCUACCGAGUGAACAUGCCUUAGUUUUCGUUGAUAAUCAUGACAAUCAACGUGAUGGCGGAGAGGUUUUAACCUAUAAAACUUCGAAACAAUAUAAAAUGGCGACAGCUUUUGCUCUGGCAUAUCCUUAUGGUAUAACCCGUAUUAUGUCUUCCUUUGAUUUUUCUGAUCGUGAUCAGCCACCUCCUCAAACGAUCGCGGAAGAGAUUAUAUCUCCCGAAUUUGAUGAGAUCACUGGAGCUUGCACUAAUGGCUGGGUUUGUGAGCACAGAUGGCGUCAAAUUUAUAAUAUGAUUGAGUUCAAAAAUGUUGUAGGCCCGGCGGGCAUUAAUGACUGGUGGGAUAAUGGUGAUAAUCAAAUUGCCUUUUGCCGUGGUAAUCGGGGUUUUGUGGCUUUUAAUGGUCAAUCGUAUGAUCUAAAAGAACGUUUAAUGACUUGCCUGGAACCGGGUGUUUAUUGUGAUGUUAUUUCGGGUUCAAAAGUUAAUGGUCAAUGUACUGGUAAAACGAUCUUAGUGGAAUUAUGGGGUUAUGCUGAUAUCUUUAUAGGUUCCCAGGAAGAAGAUGGUGUUUUGGCUAUACAUCAAGAUUCCAAAUUGUAAAAAACAGGGACCUAAUGGAAAAAUAAAACUCAGAUGAUUUAAAUUUUCAAAAAUACAAUACAUUUUUUUUUUUAUU